AUGGAUCGGUUCCGGAUGAACUUCCAAUACUUCCAGUCCAAUUCUGAGCUGGUGAUGAAUGGGAUCUGUGGGUUGCUAGCCCUGGCUAGCGUGAAGAUGUCUACCUCCUUUGACUUUAACUGUCCCUGCCUGCCCAAGUACAACAUGACUUAUGGUUUGGGAAUCAUGUUUCUGCCCCCGAUGGCCCUCUUUCUCUGUGGUCUCAUUCUCAACAGACAGUCUCUGGUGAUGCUGGAGGAGUGGAAAAGACCUACUGGGGGCAGAAAGAAGAAUCUGGCCAUCAUCAGAUAUAUGUGAUCCUCCAUCAUGCAGCGAGCCAUGAUUGCUCCCAUCAUCUGGAUCAUCGUCACCCUCCUCGAUGGGAAAUACUUUGUCUGUGCUUUCAGUGGCUCCAUCAACCCUGAAAAGUGUGGGUUUGCCAUCAUCACCCCUACCCAGAUGCAGCUCUUGCUCUCCAAAGUGCCCUGCAAAGAUGAAGAGCUCAUGAAGAACAACCCUGCCCAGAAGGCGGUCUCCAGAUACCUGAAAUGCUGGUCACAAGCCCUUGGCUGGAAUGUUUUGCUGAUCCUUAUCAUGGUAGCCUUCCGUGCCCUGUCCCUCAGACCCUGCUUCAACCAGGCUGCCUUCCUGCAGACGCACUACUGGAGCAACUACAUUGACAUCGAGCAAAAGAUCUUCGACGAAACCUUCUGCGAGCACGCCCAGGACUUUGCCCACAAGUGCAUCCUCCACUUCUUUGAAAGCAUGCAGGAGGAAAUCAAACUGUGGUGUUUCAAUGUAACUGGGGAGGAAGCCGAGGGGGGAGAAGGGGAAGAAGAUCACCUGCGGGGAAUCACAGACCAGGAGCAGAUGAACGAGCUCCUGAAAUCAUGGUACUACAGCAAGCCCCACCCGCCGGAUGUGAGCCAGGCAACCCAGCAGCAGCAGUCUGUGGGCAGGGAGAGACUGUCCUUGCCCUGGGCAGAUAGCUUGAGUAAUGAGGGGAAUGCACCGCAAAAGGCCAAAACCUCCAGACAAACUAAGGUUUAA